AUGCUCCUCAUUUCCACGAGCAGACCUCUUUCACGCAGGCCCCAGUUCUCACAAUGGCUGAUAGCGGCUCGUCAAAUCGCGACGGCAAGCGCAAAUGGGACGGCGGCGGCGACCGCAGGCGAGGCCGCGGAGGUGGCAGCAUGCAGCACGGCAGCCGUCCGAAUAAGAAGAGAAAUAUGGGCCGUAAGGAGCACGCCAACGAGCAAUUAGAUAGGCGAGGCCGCAAUGCAGAGCAGCAGGCGCGCAAUAAGGAAGCGCAAGACAAGGGCGAGAACGACAAGCCAGCGCUCCCUUCAGCUUUCCCUGCUGAAGAGGUCGCGGCCGAGGAGCGCAGGCCGAAGCGCAAAGUAGCCGUCAUGGUUGGCUAUUCGGGCACUGGCUACAAGGGCAUGCAAAUCGACAACAAGCAAAAGACCAUUGAGGGCGAUCUCUUCAAGGCGUUUGUCGCUGCCGGCGCGAUAUCGAAAGCGAACGCCGACGACCCAAAGAAGUCCGCACUUGUGCGCUGCGCACGUACCGACAAGGGUGUCCACGCUGCCGGCAACGUCAUUUCCUUGAAGCUGAUCAUCGAGGACGAUGAUAUUGUGGAGAAGAUCAACGCCAACCUCUCCGAACAGAUUCGAGUAUGGGGCAUUCAGCGGACCGUAGGGUCGUUCAGCUGCUACCAAGCCUGCGACUCACGAUGGUACGAGUACCUCAUCCCGACACAUUCAUUCCUCCCGCCGCACCCAUCGAGCUACCUAGGCAAGAAGCUGGUCGAGGAAGCAGAGAAGGCGGGCGACGUUGAAGGGUACAAGAAGAGGCAGGCUGAGGUGGCAGACUUCUGGUCGGAGGUCGAGGAGAAGUCCAUCAAACCUAUCCUGGCCACACUGGAUGAUUCGAUAAAGCCGCUCGUAGAAGAGGCUCUGUACAUUGCUGAUUCUACCGACGCGCCCGAGGACACGGACCCUGUCAUCGAGGCUUCAAUCGACGAGGCGCUGAAAGAUGCCAAGGACGCUGAAGCCGCGAAAGCCUCAAGCGAAGAAGCUGCUGCCGAAACUGCAAAGUCAGACGCCGACGAAGCCAUGCAAGUCGACGAUGCCAAGGAGGCGGUUGAAAAGAUUGAGGCUCAGCAUCCCACCACAACUUUUGAUGACCAGACCGACGGUUCUAUCCCGCUCCCCUCCGGCAUCGUGAAUAAGCCCGCUCUUGAAGAAGCAGUCAAAGCAUUAAAGAAAGCCAUCAUGGACGCCAAACGUUCGUACCGUAUCAGUCCGGAGCGCCAGGAGCGCGUCCAAGAAGCGCUGAACAACUACCUCGGAACCCGACGCUAUCACAACUACACGGUACAGAAGAAAUUCACCGACUCGUCGGCAAAGCGGUACAUCAAGUCGUUCAAGGUGGCCCCGAAGCCCAUCAUCAUCAACAACACCGAAUGGCUGAGCUUGAAGGUGCACGGGCAGAGUUUCAUGAUGCACCAGAUCCGCAAGAUGGUGGGCAUGGCCGCCCUGACCGUCCGCUGCGGCACAAAUCCCAACAUCAUGCUUGAGAGCUUCGAGAACAACGUGGUGCGCAUACCGAAAGCGCCUGGGCUUGGUCUGCUGCUCGAGCGGCCUGUGUUCGACAGCUACAACGACAAGAUGGCCAAGGCGCACGGGCGCGAGAAGAUUGAUUUCGCAAACUACGACGACAAGAUUCAGGAAUUCAAGGAGCGCGAGAUUUAUCAGCGUAUCUUCCGCGAGGAGGCCCAGGGGAACCAGUUCAAUACCUUCUUCACGCACCUCGACAACUACAAGGACACGACGUUCCUGUAUCUGACGUCGGGCGGGAUUCAAGCGACCAAGGAGGGCCGCAAGAACAAGUCGACACAGCCCAAGUUCGAGCAGGACUCGGAUAAUGAGUACGCAAGUGACAACUAA